AUGAUGAGCAGCAAGAUGGCUUUUGCCACCAGGAUCAUGCAGGUAGUGAAGCCACAUGCCUCAUUAACAAGGUUUCCUAACAGAAGAGACAAACCUAAACUCAGUGACUCAGAAGGUCUGGGGUCUGCUGCACUAUGCUCCCACUCCUCUGUAAUUUCACAGCAUUCUAAAGGAAAUAUGUCCCCAGAUUUACUGAUGCAUCAGGGGCCACCAGACACUGUAGACAUAAUAAAUGUGUUACCUCAGAAAUUCAGAAGGAAACCUAUGUCUCAAAAGGAAAUGGAAUUAUCCAGUGUGGGAGUCCAGAAUGAUCGUCGUGGCUGCUGCUUGUCACCAGAAAAAAAGGAUUAG